AUGCAAAUCAACACCCCUACCGAUGCCUUUUGGGGCCCACCAAGCUCUAAAGCCAACUUUUGCGAGCAGGUAGCAGCCCCAUUUCGACUCGAUUAUGUUGUGACAAGAUAUGUCGCGGAAUUCAUCAACAGUUUAACCAACCUAUGUUAUGUCUUCUAUGCGAUUUACGGCCUACGCCGAUUACAGCAGGCCCGCAGUAUUGGUUUCUCUCGCGCCCUCCCUUACUGUGGCUUGAUGGCAGUCGGCCUUUGCUCUGCAAUCUUCCACAUUAGUCUACAAUACCACACUCUGAUGCUGGAUGACCUAUCUAUGCUUUUCACAACCACCCCACUGCUGCACAGAGUCUUGACAGUAAAUGCCAAUCGCAAAGACUCAUUUGUCGCGGGUGCAGUUAUUUACAUAGCUCUCUCGCUAAUUAUAAUUUACCACGUCACAACAGAUGAAUUAAUUAUUCACGCUACGUUCUUUGUUAGCAGCAUCAAUAUCAUCGGUGUUCGGACUGUUCAGCUACUCAAACAACGCACCACUGAGAAUUCAACAGCUCGGCGACAGAUUUGGGGCAUGGUUGUAUUUGGGGCUGGCAUCUUUCAUCUUGGAUAUAUUGUCUGGCUUGUGGAUAGCUGGGCCUGUGGAUGGCUUACAAGUGCACGAGCGGCAAUUGGGCUUCCUUGGGCAUGGCUGCUAGAACUUCACGGAUGGUAA